GUAGUCGUGACUAAUGAUCGCGUGUCGUUGCUAAAAAAAAUCAGGCGUUUUGAAGAUCGAACUAAGUGGCUCUAUGGGAAAGUGAUGCGAAAUAGUAAUCACUCGUAAUACUAGAGCAAAUACUUUGAUCUUAUGAAAGAGCACAUUUUAUUUUUUGAUGCGAAUUGAUGCUAAAAUUCUAGUUACUAUUGAGGACGUGAGUUGUUAGAGCCGAGAUUCAAUUCCUUCUUCUAUUGGAACGGUUUACGUCAUUAGUGACUUAGUUGCCAUGGUAAAUUGCUCCACUCAGGGGUAAAGCUAACCUCUCCCCUCCCCCUCCCCCGCAGAGUAGAGAAAAAAAACUGCAAGACUGUAAAGCAUUGAACGCAUCAGAUAAUCAAAAAAUGCGCAAACAGGAACUUAUGCGAUCGAUUUAAAUGAAAAAAGAAUUUAAUAGGACCCUGGAAUGAGUCUGACACGAACGUGUUCAUUCUAAUUUUGUAUUGCGUGACGGAUACCAUGCGUUACGGUAUUAUGCUAUCAUGUCAUUUGAUCGUUUCGUUUCAAAUUUGAUUGACAGCCUUAGCCACGCCUUUUGUUCUGGUAUAUGUUUUUUGACGAUCUAUGAAAUAAAAUGUUUGAACGAAACUUUUGCCUUUGUUCGAAUUAUCACAUGCUGCAUUGCAGAAGAAACCCUCCAGUUCAUAGCCGGCUGAGUAAAAAAAUUAAACGAUAACAUGUUAUAUUUAAAAUAAAGGAACGAGAAUAGCUGGGAAUAGAAAAGGAGAGACUGUAAGUCAGGUCCUACGCGCGCGCUUGUACCAAUGCAUACUUACUCUGUUGUAUGCUAGUCCCAACAAAGCUCAAGUAGAUCUUUCUUCAUUAUUGUAUGCUUUUGUUCUCAUUUGUUUUGCAGUUCCAACAUGAUCUUGGAAGCCGUUAUCUCCAUUUUUCUCCUCUCAUUGGGGUGGUGGCUCUUUCUUGCCCCUGCGACGCCCAAAAAUCUUCCCCCGGGUCCCCGUCCGUACCCUGUGAUAGGCAAUUUGACUCAGUUGGUAGGAAAACCGAUUCACUUGGCCGUGACUGACCUCGCAAAGGAAUAUGGGAAGAUCCUCACGCUAUACUUACCGGGAGGUCAGCGGUGUAUCCUAAUAAAUUCCGUAGACCUAGCCCGUGAGGCCUUGCUGGUCAAGAAGGAUGAUUUCGCUGGGAGGCCUCGAACAUUCAUCGGAGAUUUUCUCACACGAGAAGCUAAGGACAUUUUCUUUGCGGAUUUCUCAAAAACCAUGAUUUUGCAACGGAAGCUGGUUCAUUCUGCUCUACGCAUGUACGGAAGCGGUCUCAAACAGCUAGAGGUGAGGAUCUGCGAUGAAGCAGGACGACUGUUAGAUCGACUCUCCGCUCAUCAAGGAAAUGCGAUCGAUCCCAAAGAUGACAUCAGCCUAAUGGUUUUAAACGUGAUUUGCGCUGUUACUUAUGGAGAAAGUUAUGCACUCGACGACGAUGAAUUCCAGCGAAUUAUAAAGUAUAACGAUCACUUCAUUCGCCUUUUCAAAGGUUUUAACAUUCUCGAAAUGCUUCCAUGGCUGCGGUUUUUUCCAAUUGAAGAAAGUCGAAUCCUUAGAGAGGCAAAAGAAUUAAGAGACGCAGUCUUAGAUACCAAGUACCACGAACACAAAAAGAAGUUUGAAGAAAGUGCGAACAAAAAAGACAUAAAAAUCCAAGAUUUGACCGAUGCGCUCUUAAAAGCUUUUUACGAAGCGCAAGAAGAAGACGGAAAAAUUUCGCAGGUACUGACGGAGGACCAUUUGGUAAUGAUAAUAAAUGACGUAUUCAACGCUGGCAUUCAGUCCACUAUAGCGACGUUGCUAUGGUUACUAGCUUACAUGGUUAAUUACCCAGAUAUCCAAUCGCGCGUCCAUGCAGAAUUGGAUGAUAUCAUUGGUCGUGAUCGAAAACCGCGACUCGAAGAUCGAGGUCGUCUUCCUUAUUUGGAAAGUACCGUGGCAGAAGUGCUGCGUAUUGCAACCACCACCCCCUUAUCGAUCCCUCACAAGUCAACACGGGAGAGUUCCCUGGGGGGAUAUGACAUCCCCAAGGAUACAAUGAUGAUGACAAAUCUAUGGGCGAUUCAUCACGAUCCAAAGGAAUGGGAAGAUCCAGACGUGUUUAAACCCGAACGGUUUCUUGAUGUUGAAGGAAACUUCUCGGUUUCAGGCCCUAAUGGUUAUCGAAGUUACCUGCCUUUCAGCGCCGGAAGAAGAGUGUGUUUAGGCGAGUCGCUGGCCAAGAUAGAGCUGUUUCUAGUUGCGUCCAGGCUUCUGCAUCAGUUCAAGUUCGAGCCAGCACCAGAGGCACAGCUUCCCGAGCUUUCUGGUAUCGUGGGAGUCGUGCUUGUUCCCGAAUCUUACAAAAUUUGCAUAAAGAACCGGCACUAA